GAAAUCUUCAAGAUACGUGAUCUGGAACACAAUCCAGGACUCUUCAGGGAUGAAAGAUUGGAGAACUGGUUACAGGAACGGAAGAAAAGAAGUUCUGUUAUUGGGCCUUUGUUGCAUCAUGAAAUAUCGAACCACAAGUUUCAAGAUGAAGAUGAAUUUACACAAAAUUAUAGAGGUAGACGAGAAAGCGUGCUUAGUGAGAAGUCAAGAAAUACUAUAAAUCAGAGGCCUCAAUACAGUUCUAGGUUAGAUAUACCCCCUAGAUGUAGUUCAAGAAUGGAUAUGUCUCCUAGAUGUAGUUCUAGGAUGGAAACAUCUCCUAGACGUAGUUCUAGGAUGGAAACAUCUCCUAGACGGGGUUCUAGGUUGGAUAUAUCUCCUAGACGUGGUUCUUCUCCUAGCAAGCGACGCGACUUUUUUGUCCACAAGAGGAACAGGAGCCAGUCCGUAUCACCGGGACAGCAACAUCUAAGGACAGUAAUUACACGAGUACCAACAUACUAUGCAGUGUCCAGUCAAGAUGACAGCAAGGUUGAUUAUACAAGCCUGCUGGAUUCAGAUGUCAAAAUGCAGAGAUACUGUGAAGCUAGUACUACUAAAGAACUCAAGGAUUUAGCCAGGGUUCAUCGUAUGUUUCGUCAAAUCCAAAGACAGCUGCACUGCCCAGAACACCAGGAAAUCUUCAAGAUACGUGAUCUGGAACACAAUCCAGGACUCUUCAGGGAUGAAAGAUUGGAGAACUGGUUACAGGAACGGAAGAAAAGAAGUUCUGUUAUUGGGCCUUUGUUGCAUCAUGAAAUAUCGAACCACAAGUUUCAAGAUGAAGAUGAAUUUACACAAAAUUAUAGAGGUAGACGAGAAAGCGUGCUUAGUGAGAAGUCAAGAAAUACUAUAAAUCAGAGGCCUCAAUACAGUUCUAGGUUAGAUAUACCCCCUAGAUGUAGUUCAAGAAUGGAUAUGUCUCCUAGAUGUAGUUCUAGGAUGGAAACAUCUCCUAGACGUAGUUCUAGGAUGGAAACAUCUCCUAGACGGGGUUCUAGGUUGGAUAUAUCUCCUAGACGUGGUUCUUCUCCUAGCAAGCGACGCGACUUUUUUGUCCACAAGAGGAACAGGAGCCAGUCCGUAUCACCGGGACAGCAACAUCUAAGAAUUCGUCCAUUGAUGGAAAGCUGGAGUGAAGGAGAUAUAGAUGCAGGGGACAGACUGGAAGGUUUUGGGUCAGACUCAGAUUACAACCUACAGUACGGUCGUAGAAAGCAAAGCACAGUUUCAAGAAGAUCGAGUAGAAGUGCAAAAUCAGAACUUGCAAGAAUAAGAAAGAAAGAACAGGAGUUGGCCGAAGGAAGACGACGUGCAAAUUUUAUUGUUACUUCCGGGGCAUUCACACUCAUUCUACUUGCCGCAUUUCUAGGUUUCACAUUAGGCCAAUAUGCAUGAAAUGUAUUUGGUUGAUACAAUUUUAUCUAUGAGAUUAUUAGCUUUUAAAAUUUCAUAAAUUUGAAAUUUUUAGCUUGCUGAUAAAUAUUUUAUGUAAUUUAAUGGGAGCACAAGUUUACACAUGUGCACACUUUGUGAAGGUGAUCUAUUUUUCUAUUUUUGGCCGCAGCAUCAGGUGCCAACCUGUUGCCGGGUCGAUCAGCCCAUUUACCUGUCCUAAGGUGCAGCAAUAUGUAUACAAG